GUUUUUAAAGCUGUAAAUGGAAGCAGCUGUUAAGCUCUCUCUAAGGAUGAAGUUUUUCAGCUGCCUGAACCUGCUCCUCUCGCCUUUGGAGACGCAGCAAAUUAUGGAUGUUAGAAUUACAGGACCAUUCAAGAUUUCUUUAUGCACAUUGGUGGAUGCUGAAGAGGACAGAGAUGAAAGAGAAGAUGUUCAAAAGAAAACAUUCACAAAAUGGGUAAAUGCACAAUUUUCUAAGUUUGGGAAGCAGCAUAUAGAGAACCUCUUCAGUGACCUACAGGAUGGGAGACGCCUCCUAGACCUCCUCGAAGGCCUGACAGGGCAAAAACUGCCAAAAGAAAAAGGAUCCACAAGAGUUCAUGCCCUGAACAAUGUCAACAAGGCACUGCGGGUUUUGCAGAACAAUAAUGUUGAUUUAGUGAAUAUUGGAAGUACUGACAUCGUAGAUGGAAAUCAUAAACUGACUCUUGGUUUGAUUUGGAAUAUAAUCCUCCACUGGCAGGUCAAAAAUGUAAUGAAAAAUAUCAUGGCUGGAUUGCAACAAACCAACAGUGAAAAGAUUCUCCUGAGCUGGGUCCGACAAUCAACUCGUAAUUAUCCACAGGUUAAUGUAAUCAACUUCACCACCAGCUGGUCUGAUGGCCUGGCUUUGAAUGCUCUCAUCCAUAGUCAUAGGCCAGACCUGUUUGAUUGGAAUAGUGUGGUUUGCCAGCAGUCAGCCACACAGCGACUGGAACAUGCAUUCAACAUCGCCAGAUAUCAAUUAGGCAUAGAGAAACUACUCGAUCCUGAAGAUGUUGCUACCACCUAUCCAGAUAAGAAGUCCAUCUUAAUGUACAUCACAUCACUCUUCCAAGUUUUGCCUCAACAAGUGAGCAUUGAAGCCAUCCAGGAAGUGGAAAUGUUGCCAAGGCCACCUAAAGUGACUAAAGAAGAACAUUUUCAAUUACAUCAUCAAAUGCACUAUUCUCAACAGAUCACAGUCAGUCUAGCACAGGGCUAUGAGAGAACUUCUUCCCCUAAGCCUCGAUUCAAGAGCUAUGCCUACACACAGGCUGCUUAUGUCACCACCUCUGACCCUACACGGAGCCCAUUUCCUUCACAGCAUUUGGAAGCUCCUGAAGACAAGUCAUUUGGCAGUUCAUUGAUGGAGAGUGAAGUAAACCUGGACCGUUACCAAACAGCUUUAGAAGAAGUAUUAUCGUGGCUUCUUUCCGCUGAGGACACAUUGCAAGCACAAGGAGAGAUUUCUAAUGAUGUGGAAGUGGUGAAAGAACAAUUUCAUACUCAUGAGGGGUACAUGAUGGAUUUGACAGCCCAUCAGGGCCGGGUUGGUAAUAUUCUACAAUUGGGAAGUCAGCUGAUUGGAACAGGCAAAUUAUCAGAAGAUGAAGAAACUGAAGUACAAGAGCAGAUGAAUCUCCUAAAUUCAAGAUGGGAAUGCCUUAGGGUAGCUAGCAUGGAAAAACAAAGCAAUUUACAUAGAGUUUUAAUGGAACUCCAGAAUCAGAAACUGAAAGAGUUGAAUGACUGGCUGACAAAAACAGAAGAAAGAACAAGGAAAAUGGAGGAAGAGCCCCUUGGACCUGAUCUUGAAGACCUAAAACGCCAAGUACAACAACAUAAGGUGCUUCAAGAAGAUCUAGAACAAGAACAAGUCAGGGUCAAUUCUCUCACUCACAUGGUGGUGGUAGUUGAUGAAUCUAGUGGAGAUCACGCAACUGCUGCUUUGGAAGAGCAACUUAAGGUAUUGGGAGAUCGAUGGGCAAACAUCUGCAGGUGGACAGAAGACCGCUGGGUUCUUUUACAAGACAUCCUUCUCAAAUGGCAACGUCUUACUGAAGAACAGUGCCUUUUUAGUGCAUGGCUUUCAGAAAAAGAAGAUGUGGUGAACAGGAUUCACACAACUGGCUUUAAGGAUCAAAAUGAAAUGUUAUCAAGUCUUCAAAAACUGGCCGUUUUAAAAGCAGAUCUAGAAAAGAAAAAGCAAUCCAUGGACAAACUUUAUUCACUCAAACAAGAUCUUCUUUCAACACUGAAGAAUAAGUCAGUGACCCAAAAGAUGGAAGCAUGGCUGGAAAACUUUGCCCGGUGUUGGGAUAAUUUACUCCAAAAACUUGAAAAAAGUACGGCACAGAUUUCACAGGCUGUCACCACCACUCAGCCAUCACUAACACAGACAACUGUAAUGGAAACAGUAACUAUGGUGACCACAAGGGAGCAAAUCCUGGUAAAGCAUGCUCAAGAGGAACUUCCACCACCACCUCCCCAAAAGAAGAGGCAGAUUACUGUGGAUUCCGAAAUUAGGAAAAGGUUGGAUGUUGAUAUAACUGAACUUCACAGUUGGAUUACUCGCUCAGAAGCCGUGUUGCAGAGUCCUGAGUUUGCAAUCUAUCGGAAGGAAGGCAACUUCUCAGACUUAAAAGAAAAAGUCAAUGCCAUAGAGCGAGAAAAAGCCGAGAAGUUCAGAAAACUGCAAGAUGCCAGCAGAUCAGCUCAGGUCCUGGUGGAACAGAUGGUGAAUGAGGGUGUUAAUGCCGAUAGCAUCAGACAAGCCUCAGAACAACUGAACAGCCGGUGGAUCGAAUUCUGCCAGUUGCUAAGUGAGAGACUUAACUGGCUGGAGUAUCAGAACAACAUCAUCACUUUCUAUAAUCAGCUACAACAAUUGGAGCAGAUGACAACUACUGCUGAAAACUGGUUGAAAAUCCAACCCACCACCCCAUCAGAGCCAACAGCAAUUAAAAGUCAGUUAAAAAUAUGUAAGGAUGAAGUCAACAGGCUAUCAGCUCUUCAAUCUCAAAUUGAACGAUUAAAAAUUCAAAGCAUAGCCCUGAAAGAGAAAGGACAAGGACCCAUGUUCCUGGAUGCAGACUUUGUGGCCUUUACAAAUCAUUUUAGCCAAGUCUUUUCUGAUGUGCAGGCCAGAGAGAAAGAGCUACAGACAAUUUUUGACACUUUGCCACCCAUGCGCUAUCAGGAGACGAUGAGUGCCAUCAGGACAUGGGUCCAGCGGUCAGAAACCAAACUAUCCAUACCUCAACUUAGUGUCACCGACUAUGAAAUCAUGGAGCAGAGACUCGGGGAAUUGCAGGUUUUACAAAGUUCUCUGCAAGAGCAACAAAGUGGCCUAAACUAUCUCAGCACCACUGUGAAAGAGAUGUCAAAGAAAGCCCCCUCUGAAAUCAGCCGAAAAUAUCAAUUAGAAUUUGAAGAAAUUGAGACACGCUGGAAGAAGCUCUCCUCCCAGCUAGUCGAGCAUUGUCAAAAGCUAGAGGAGCAAAUGAAUAAACUCCGAAAAAUUCAGAAUCACAUACAAACCCUGAAGAAAUGGAUGGCUGAAGUUGAUGUUUUUCUGAAGGAGGAAUGGCCUGCCCUUGGGGAUUCAGAGAUUCUAAAAAAGCAGCUGAAACAGUGCAGACUUUUAGUCAAUGAUAUUCAGACAAUUCAGCCCAGUCUAAACAGUGUCAAUGAAGGUGGGCAGAAGAUAAAGAAUGAAGCAGAGCCAGAAUUUGCUUUGAGACUUGAGAUAGAACUGAAAGAACUUAACAUUCAGUGGGAUCACAUGUGCCAACAGGUCUAUGCCAGAAAGGAGGCCUUGAAGGGAGGUUUGGAGAAAACUGUAAGUCUCCAGAAAGAUCUAUCAGAGAUGCACGAAUGGAUGACGCAAGCCGAAGAAGAGUAUCUUGAGAGAGAUUUUGAAUAUAAAACUCCAGAUGAAUUACAGAAAGCAGUUGAAGAGAUGAAGAGAGCUAAAGAAGAGGCCCAACAAAAAGAAGCGAAAGUGAAACUCCUUACUGAGUCUGUAAAUAGUGUCAUAGCUCAAGCUCCACCUGUAGCACAAGAGGCCUUAAAAAAGGAACUUGAGACUCUAACUACCAACUACCAGUGGCUCUGCACUAGGCUGAAUGGGAAAUGCAAGACUUUGGAAGAAGUUUGGGCAUGUUGGCAUGAGUUAUUGUCAUACUUGGAGAAAGCAAAUAAGUGGCUAAAUGAAGUUGAAUUUAAACUUAAAACCACUGAAAACAUUCCUGGCGGAGCUGAGGAAAUCUCUGAGGUGCUACAUUCACUUGAAAAUUUGAUGCAACAUUCAGAGGAUAACCCAAAUCAGAUUCGCAUAUUGGCACAGACCCUAACAGAUGGUGGAGUAAUGGAUGAGCUGAUCAAUGAGGAACUUGAGACUUUUAAUUCUCGUUGGAGGGAACUACAUGAAGAGGCUGUAAGGAGGCAAAAGUUGCUUGAACAGAGCAUCCAGUCUGCCCAGGAGAUCGAAAAAUCCUUACGCUUAAUUCAGGAGUCCCUCACAUUCAUUGACAAGCAGUUGACAGCUUAUAUUGCAGACAAGGUGGACGCAGCUCAAAUGCCUCAGGAAGCCCAGAAAAUCCAAUCUGAUUUGACAAGUCAUGAGAUCAGUUUAGAAGAAAUGAAGAAACAUAACCAGGGGAAGGAGGCUGCCCAAAGAGUCCUGUCUCAGAUUGAUGUUGCACAGAAAAAAUUGCAAGAUGUCUCCAUGAAGUUUCGAUUAUUUCAGAAGCCAGCCAAUUUUGAGCAGCGUCUACAAGAAAGUAAGAUGAUUUUAGAUGAAGUGAAGAUGCACUUGCCUGCGUUGGAAACCAAGAGUGUGGAACAGGAAGUAGUACAGUCACAGUUAAAUCAUUGUGUGAACUUGUAUAAAAGUCUGAGUGAAGUGAAGUCUGAAGUGGAAAUGGUGAUAAAGACUGGACGUCAGAUUGUACAGAAAAAGCAGACGGAAAAUCCCAAAGAACUCGAUGAAAGAGUAACAGCUUUGAAACUGCAUUAUAAUGAGCUGGGAGCAAAGGUAACAGAAAGAAAGCAACAGUUGGAGAAAUGCUUAAAACUGUCCCGUAAGAUGCGAAAGGAAAUGAAUGUCUUGACAGAAUGGCUGGCAGCUACAGAUAUGGAAUUGACAAAGAGAUCAGCAGUUGAAGGAAUGCCUAGUAAUUUGGAUUCUGAAGUUGCCUGGGGAAAGGCUAUUCAAAAAGAGAUUGAGAAACAGAAGGUGCACCUGAAGAGUAUCACAGAGGUAGGAGAGGCCUUGAAAACAGUUUUGGGCAAGAAGGAGACAUUGGUGGAAGAUAAACUCAGUCUUCUGAAUAGUAACUGGAUAGCUGUCACCUCAAGAACAGAAGAGUGGUUAAAUCUUUUGUUGGAAUACCAGAAACACAUGGAAACUUUUGACCAGAAUGUGGACCACAUCACAAAGUGGAUCAUUCAGGCUGACACACUUUUGGAUGAAUCAGAGAAAAAGAAACCCCAGCAAAAAGAAGACAUGCUUAAGCGUUUAAAGGCAGAACUGAAUGACAUACGCCCAAAGGUGGACUCUACACGUGACCAAGCAGCAAACUUGAUGGCAAACCGCGGUGACCACUGCAGGAAAUUAGUAGAGCCCCAAAUCUCAGAGCUCAACCAUCGAUUUGCAGCCAUUUCCCACAGAAUUAAGACUGGAAAGGCCUCCAUUCCUUUGAAGGAAUUGGAGCAGUUUAACUCAGAUAUACAAAAAUUGCUUGAACCACUGGAGGCUGAAAUUCAGCAGGGGGUGAAUCUGAAAGAGGAAGACUUCAAUAAAGAUAUGAAUGAAGACAAUGAGGGUACUGUAAAAGAAUUGUUGCAAAGAGGAGACAACUUACAACAAAGAAUCACAGAUGAGAGAAAGCGAGAGGAAAUAAAGAUAAAACAGCAGCUGUUACAGACAAAACAUAAUGCUCUCAAGGAUUUGAGGUCUCAAAGAAGAAAAAAGGCUCUAGAAAUUUCUCAUCAGUGGUAUCAGUACAAGAGGCAGGCUGAUGAUCUCCUGAAAUGCUUGGAUGACAUUGAAAAAAAAUUAGCCAGCCUACCUGAACCCAGAGAUGAAAGGAAAAUAAAGGAAAUUGAUCGGGAAUUGCAGAAGAAGAAAGAGGAGCUGAAUGCAGUGCGUAGGCAAGCUGAGGGCUUGUCUGAGGAUGGGGCCGCAAUGGCAGUGGAGCCAACUCAGAUCCAGCUCAGCAAGCGCUGGCGGGAAAUUGAGAGCAAAUUUGCUCAGUUUCGAAGACUCAACUUUGCACAAAUUCACACUGUCCGUGAAGAAACGAUGAUGGUGAUGACUGAAGACAUGCCUUUGGAAAUUUCUUAUGUGCCUUCUACUUACCUGACUGAAAUCACUCAUGUCUCACAAGCCCUUUCAGAAGUGGGACAACUUCUCAAUGCUCCUGACCUCUGUGCUAAGGACUUUGAAGAUCUCUUUAAGCAAGAGGAGUCUCUGAAGAAUAUAAAAGAUAUUCUACAACAAAGCUCAGGUCGGAUUGACAUUAUUCACAGCAAGAAGACAGCAGCAUUGCAAAGUGCAACGCCUGUGGAAAGGGUGAAGCUACAGGAAGCUCUCUCCCAGCUUGAUUUCCAAUGGGAGAAAGUUAACAAAAUGUACAAGGACCGACAAGGGCGAUUUGACAGAUCUGUUGAGAAAUGGCGGCGUUUUCAUUAUGAUAUAAAGAUAUUUAAUCAGUGGCUAACAGAAGCUGAACAGUUCCUCAGAAAGACGCAAAUUCCUGAGAAUUGGGAACAUGCUAAAUACAAAUGGUAUCUUAAGGAACUCCAGGAUGGCAUCGGGCAGCGGCAAACUGUUGUCAGAACAUUGAAUGCAACUGGGGAAGAAAUAAUUCAGCAAUCCUCAAAAACAGAUGCCAGUAUUCUACAGGAAAAAUUGGGGAGCCUGAAUCUGCGGUGGCAGGAGGUCUGCAAACAGCUGUCAGAAAGAAAAAAGAGGCUAGAAGAACAAAAGAAUAUCUUGUCAGAAUUUCAAAGAGAUUUAAAUGAAUUUGUUUUAUGGUUGGAGGAAGCAGAUAACAUUGCUAGUAUCCCGCUUGAACCUGGAAAUGAGCAGCAACUAAAAGAAAAGCUUGAGCAAGUCAAGUUACUGGUGGAAGAGUUGCCCCUGCGCCAGGGAAUUCUAAAACAAUUAAAUGAAACUGGAGGACCCGUGCUUGUAAGUGCUCCCAUAAGCCCAGAAGAGCAAGAUAAACUUGAAAAUAAGCUCAAGCGGACAAAUCUCCAGUGGAUAAAGGUUUCCAGGGCUUUACCUGAGAAACAAGGAGAAAUUGAAGCUCAAAUAAAAGACCUUGGGCAGCUUGAAAAAAAGCUUGAAGACCUUGAAGAGCAGUUAAAUCAUCUGCUCCUGUGGUUGUCUCCUAUUAGGAAUCAGUUGGAAAUUUAUAACCAACCAAAUCAAGAAGGACCAUUUGACAUUAAGGAAACUGAAAUCGCAGUUCAAGCUAAACAACCGGAUGUGGAAGGGAUUUUGUCUAAAGGGCAGUGUUUGUACAAGGAAAAACCAGCCACUCAGCCAGUGAAGAGGAAGUUAGAAGACCUGAGCUCUGAGUGGAAGGCGGUAAACCAUUUACUUCAAGAGCUGAGGGCAAAGCAGCCUGACCUAGCUCCUGGACUGACCACUGUUGGAGCCUCUCCUAGUCAGACUGUUACUCUGGUGACACAACCUGUGGUUACUAAGGAAACUGCCAUCUCCAAACUAGAAAUGCCAUCUUCCUUGAUGUUGGAGGUACCUGCUCUGGCAGAUUUCAACCGGGCUUGGACAGAACUUACCGACUGGCUUUCUCUGCUUGGUCGAGUUAUAAAAUCACAGAGGGUGAUGGUGGGUGACCUUGAGGAUAUCAACGAGAUGAUCAUCAAGCAGAAGGCAACAGUGCAGGAUUUGGAACAGAGGCGCCCCCAGUUGGAAGAACUCAUUACUGCUGCCCAAAAUUUGAAAAACAAGACCAGCAAUCAAGAGGCUAGAACGAUCAUUACGGAUCGAAUUGAAAGAAUUCAGAAUCAGUGGGAUGAAGUACAAGAACACCUUCAGAACCGGAGGCAACAGUUGAAUGAAAUGUUAAAGGAUUCAACACAGUGGCUGGAAGCUAAGGAGGAAGCUGAGCAGGUCUUAGGACAGGCCAGAGCCAAGCUUGAGUCAUGGAAGGAGGGUCCCUAUACAAUAGAUGCAAUCCAAAAGAAAAUCACAGAAACCAAGCAGUUGGCCAAAGACCUCCGCCAGUGGCAGAUAAAUGUAGAUGUGGCAAAUGACUUGGCCCUGAAACUUCUCCGGGAUUAUUCUGCAGAUGAUACCAGAAAAGUCCACAUGAUAACAGAGAAUAUCAAUGCCUCUUGGGGAAGCAUUCAUAAAAGGGUGAGUGAGCAAGAGGCUGCUUUGGAAGAAACUCAUAGAUUACUGCAACAGUUCCCCCUGGACCUAGAAAAGUUUCUUGCCUGGCUUACAGAAGCUGAAACAACUGCCAACGUCCUACAGGAUGCUACCCGUAAGGAAAGGCUCCUAGAAGACUCCAAGGGAGUAAAAGAGCUGAUGAAACAAUGGCAAGACCUCCAAGGUGAAAUUGAAGCUCACACAGAUGUUUAUCACAACCUGGAUGAAAAUAGCCAAAAAGUCCUGAGAUCCAUAGAAGGUUCUGAUGAUGCAGUCCUGUUACAAAGACGUUUGGAUAACAUGAACUUCAAGUGGAGUGAACUUCGGAAAAAGUCUCUCAACAUUAGGUCCCAUUUGGAAGCCAGUUCUGACCAGUGGAAGCGUCUGCACCUUUCUCUACAGGAACUUCUGGUGUGGCUACAGCUGAAAGAUGAUGAAUUAAGCCGGCAGACACCUAUUGGAGGCGACUUUCCAGCAGUUCAGAAGCAGAACGAUGUACAUAGGGCCUUCAAGAGGGAAUUGAAAACUAAAGAACCUGUAAUCAUGAGUACUCUUGAGACUGUACGAAUAUUUCUGACAGAGCAGCCUUUGGAAGGACUAGAGAAACUCUACCAGGAGCCCAGAGAGCUGCCUCCUGAGGAGCGAGCCCAGAAUGUCACUAGGCUUCUACGAAAGCAGGCUGAGGAGGUCAAUACUGAGUGGGAAAAAUUGAACCUGCACUCCACUGACUGGCAGAGAAAAAUAGAUGAGACCCUCAAAAGACUCCAGGAACUUCAAGAGGCCACGGAUGAGCUGGACCUCAAGCUGCGCCAAGCUGAGGUGAUCAAGGGAUCCUGGCAGCCAGUGGGCGAUCUCCUCAUCGACUCUCUCCAAGAUCACCUCGAGAAAGUCAAGGCACUUCGAGGAGAAAUUGCACCUCUGAAAGAGAACGUGAGCCACGUCAAUGACCUUGCUCGCCAGCUUACCACUUUGGGCAUUCAGCUCUCACCAUAUAACCUCAGCACCCUGGAAGACCUGAACACCAGAUGGAAGCUUCUGCAGGUGGCCGUGGAGGACCGAGUCAGGCAGCUGCAUGAAGCUCACAGGGACUUUGGCCCAGCGUCUCAGCACUUUCUUUCCACAUCUGUCCAGGGUCCCUGGGAGAGAGCCAUCUCGCCAAACAAAGUGCCCUACUAUAUCAACCAUGAGACUCAAACAACUUGCUGGGACCAUCCCAAAAUGACAGAGCUCUACCAGUCUUUAGCUGACCUGAAUAAUGUCAGGUUCUCAGCUUAUAGGACUGCCAUGAAACUCCGAAGACUGCAGAAGGCUCUUUGCUUGGAUCUCUUGAGCCUGUCAGCUGCAUGUGAUGCCUUGGACCAGCACAACCUCAAGCAAAAUGACCAGCCCAUGGAUAUCCUGCAGAUUAUUAAUUGUUUGACCACUAUUUAUGACCGCCUAGAGCAAGAGCACAACAAUUUGGUCAACGUCCCUCUCUGCGUGGAUAUGUGUCUGAACUGGCUGCUGAAUGUUUAUGAUACGGGACGAACAGGGAGGAUCCGUGUCCUGUCUUUUAAAACUGGCAUCAUUUCCCUGUGUAAAGCACAUCUGGAAGACAAGUACAGAUACCUUUUCAAGCAAGUGUCAAGUUCAACAGGAUUUUGUGACCAGCGCAGGCUGGGUCUCCUGCUGCAUGAUUCUAUCCAAAUUCCAAGACAGUUGGGUGAAGUUGCAUCCUUUGGGGGCAGUAACAUUGAGCCAAGUGUCCGGAGCUGCUUCCAAUUUGCUAAUAAUAAGCCAGAGAUUGAAGCAGCCCUCUUCCUAGACUGGAUGAGACUGGAACCCCAGUCCAUGGUGUGGCUGCCCGUCCUGCACAGAGUGGCUGCUGCAGAAACUGCCAAGCAUCAGGCCAAAUGUAACAUCUGCAAGGAGUGUCCAAUCAUUGGAUUCAGGUACAGAAGUCUAAAGCACUUUAAUUAUGACAUCUGCCAAAGCUGCUUUUUUUCUGGUCGAGUUGCAAAAGGCCAUAAAAUGCACUAUCCCAUGGUGGAAUAUUGCACUCCGACUACAUCAGGAGAAGAUGUUCGAGACUUUGCCAAGGUACUAAAAAACAAAUUUCGAACCAAAAGGUAUUUUGCGAAGCAUCCCCGAAUGGGCUACCUGCCAGUGCAGACUGUCUUAGAGGGGGACAACAUGGAAACUCCCGUUACUCUGAUCAACUUCUGGCCAGUAGAUUCUGCGCCUGCCUCGUCCCCUCAGCUUUCACACGAUGAUACUCAUUCACGCAUUGAACAUUAUGCUAGCAGGCUAGCAGAAAUGGAAAACAGCAAUGGAUCUUAUCUAAAUGAUAGCAUCUCUCCUAAUGAGAGCAUAGAUGAUGAACAUUUGUUAAUCCAGCAUUACUGCCAAAGUUUGAACCAGGACUCCCCCCUGAGCCAGCCUCGUAGUCCUGCCCAGAUCUUGAUUUCCUUAGAGAGUGAGGAAAGAGGGGAGCUAGAGAGAAUCCUAGCAGAUCUUGAGGAAGAAAACAGGAAUCUGCAAGCAGAAUAUGACCGUCUAAAGCAGCAGCACGAACAUAAAGGCCUGUCCCCACUGCCGUCCCCUCCUGAAAUGAUGCCCACCUCUCCCCAGAGUCCCCGGGAUGCUGAGCUCAUUGCUGAGGCCAAGCUACUCCGUCAACACAAAGGCCGCCUGGAAGCCAGGAUGCAAAUCCUGGAAGACCACAAUAAACAGCUGGAGUCACAGUUACAUAGGCUAAGGCAGCUGCUGGAGCAACCCCAGGCAGAGGCAAAAGUGAACGGCACAACGGUGUCCUCUCCUUCUACCUCUCUCCAGAGGUCCGACAGCAGUCAGCCUAUGCUGCUCCGAGUGGUUGGCAGUCAAACUUCGGACUCCAUGGGUGAGGAAGAUGUUCUCAGUCCUCCCCAGGACACAAGCACAGGGUUGGAGGAGGUGAUGGAGCAACUCAACAACUCCUUCCCUAGUUCAAGAGGACACAAUGUAGGAAGUCUUUUCCACAUGGCAGAUGAUUUGGGCAGAGCGAUGGAGUCCUUAGUAUCAGUCAUGACAGAUGAAGAAGGAGCAGAAUAAAUGUUUUACAACUCCUGAUUCCCGCAUGGUUUUUAUAAUAUUCAUACAACAAAGAGGAUUAGACAGUAAGAGUUUACAAGAAAUAAAUCUAUAUUUUUGUGAAGGGUAGUGGUACUAUACUGUAGAUUUCAGUAGUUUCUAAGUCUGUUAUUGUUUUGUUAACAAUGGCAGGUUUUACACGUCUAUGCAAUUGUACAAAAAAGUUAUAAGAAAACUACAUGUAAAAUCUUGAUAGCUAAAUAACUUGCCAUUUCUUUAUAUGGAACGCAUUUUGGGUUGUUUAAAAAUUUAUAACAGUUAUAAAGAAAGAUUGUAAACUAAAGUGUGCUUUAUAAAAAAAAGUUGUUUAUAAAAACCCCUAAAAACAAACACACACACAUACAUACACACACACACACACACACAACUUUGAGGCAGCGCAUUGUUUUGCAUCCUUUGGUGUGAUAUCCAUAUGAAAUUCAUGGCUUUUUCUUUGUUUGCAUAUUAAAGAUAGAUAGGACUUCCUCUAACACCACCAAAUGACUACUUCACACUGCUCAUUUGAGAAUUGUCAACUGAGUGGGGCGGGCUGUGAGUUUUCAUUUUAUAUAUCUAUAUGUCUAUAAGUAUAUAAAUACUAUAGUUAUAUAGAUAAAUAGAUAUGAAUUUCUAUAGACUUUUUCCAUUUUUUAAAUGUUCGUGUCACUUCUUCCUAAUAGAAAGAAAUUACUUCUAGUCAUCCAGGCUUACCUGCUUGGUCUAGAAUGGAUUUUUCCCUGGAGCCGGAAGCCAGGAGGAAACUACCACACUAAAACAUUGUCUACAGCUCCAGAUGUUCCUCAUUUUAAACUCUCCACUGACAACUAGAGUACUGAAUUUUUUUAAAGGGAACAUGUGAAUGAAUACACAGGACUUAUUAUAUCAGAGUAAUCGGUUGGUUGAUUGAUUGAUAUAUUCGGCUUCCUGCUGCUGGCAAUGCCACGAUUUAGAUUUAAUGAUGCUUCAGUGGAAAUCAGAAGGUAUUCUGAUCUUCUGAGCAUCCAAAGGUAUUUUUCACUCCCAAGCAGUAGCAGGAUGAUGACAGGGCUGGAGGGCUAUGGAUUCCCAGCCCAUCCUUGUGAAGGCGUAGGCCACUCUUUAACUGAAGGACUGGAUGAUUGUUCAUAAUACAUAAAGUUCUCUGUAAUUAAUUACAACUAAAUUAUUAUGCCCUCUUCUCACAGUCAAAAGGAAGUGGGUGGUUUUGUUUUUGUUGCUGUUUUUUUAGCUCUAUUUUCCCAUGCCGGAUGAGUUUUUAAAUGCCACAAGACAAUUUAAAAUAAACUUUGGGAAAAGGUGUAAGACAGUAGCCCCAUUACAUUUGUGAUACUGACAAGUAUCAACCUAGAAGCCCAUGAACUGUGUUUCCCUCCUUUGCAUUUCUCUGCGAGUAAUUCCACACAGGUUUGUAAGUAAGAAAGAAGGCAAAUUGAUUCAAAUGUUACAAAAGUAAAAGCUACUCCAAACCCUUCUUGGGGGAUUAGACAGGUUAAAUAUAUAAACAAACAAACAAACAAACACUGCUCAAAAAUUGGAGAAAAGCUCAAGAGGAAAAGCUAAGGACUGGUAGGAAAAAGCUUUACUCUUUCAUGCCAUUUUAUUCCUCUUUGAUUUUUAAAUCAUUCAUUCAAUAGACAUCACCGUGUGACCUAUAAUUUUGCAAAUCUGUUACCUCUGACAUCAAGUGUAAUUAGCUUUUGGAGAGUGGGUUUUGUCCAUUAUUUUAUUAAUAAUAAUUAACAUCAAACACAGCUUCUCAUGCUAUUUCUACCUCACUUUGGUUUUGGGGUGUUCCUGAUAAUCGUGCACACCUGAGUUCACAGCUUCACCACUUGUCUAUUGCGUGAUUUUCUUUUUCCUUUAUAAUUUUCAAAAGAAAACCCAAAGCUCCAAGGUAACAUAUUACAUGAAGAUUUGGUUUUUGUCUUGCCAUUUUUUCCUUUAUGUGACGCUGGACCUUUUCUUUACCCAAGGACUUCUAAAACAAACUAAGAUUUAAAACAAGGGGUUACUUUACAUCCUACUAAGAAGUUUAAGUUUCAUUCUAAAAUCAGAGGUAAAUAGAGUGCAUAAUUUUGUUUUAAUCUUUUUGUUUUUUCUUUUAGACAUUAGUUCUGGAGUGAGUCUGUCAUAAUAUUUGAAUAAAAAUUGAGAGCUUUAUUGCUGCAUUUUAAGCAUAAUUUGGACAUUAUUUCGUGUUGUGUUCUUUAUAACCACCAAGUAUUAAACUGUAAAUCAUAAUCAAUGUAACUGAAGCAUAAACAUCACAUGGCAUGUUGUCAUUGUUUUCAGGUACUGAGUUCUUACUUGAGUAUCAUAAUAUAUUGUGUUUUAACACCAACACUGUAACAUUUACUAAUUAUUUUUUUAAACUUCAGUUCUACUGCAUUUUCACAACAUAUCAGACUUCACCAAAUAUAUGCCUUACUAUUGUAUUAUAGUACUGCUUUACUGUGUAUCUCAAUAAAGCACGCAGUUAUGUUACAAAAAAGUGUU